AUGCAACAUUAUGAUCCACGUCAACUGGCGGGGUUGAAGGAACCAGUCUUUCGCCCUCAAAACUCCAUCCUAAAAAAAUCAGGAACCUGGGCCCAGAAAAUGGACGGGACAGGUGCUGCGCAGGAAUAUGGGAGAAUCGGCGUUUCCACAACGAACGGCAGUGAGGUGGGCAAUAUUAACGGCGCUCCAGCAAUUCGUCAAUUUGUCCCAGGCCAGUUGGCACCGUCGUCGCCAUCGCCAGUUUAUGGAAACCAAGGAAAGGGAUUUCACGGCAUUACAAACUACAGCACGGGCCAAAGAGAAGAUCUUGCGCAUGCGAACGAGGGAACAAGUGU